CACAAUAUUGUUACCUGAAGGAGAGAGAGGAGGCUGGAGUGGCUGAAUUAACGAAUAAUACUGUCCAGGGGUCUGCAGUUACAGAAGAGUGCUAAUGGGGUUGAAAUAGUCAGUGUUGAUGUGGGGCAGAGGAGUCCACAUCAAUGAACUGUUGCUGUUGUUUUAAGGUGCCUGUUUACCUGGGAAGAAACAAGACUGCCAGAGCCGUGCUGCAGAUAUCCUGCUGACAAUACCUGAAAAGACAAAACUGGAUUAUCCUUGUGAAAGAAAAGAUACAACGAUGGAGCCUGUCCAUAUUAAAGAGGAGAGUCACAUACUAGAAUCAGUCCAUAUGAAAGAAGAGAGCCCUGUACUUGAAUCAGUCCAUAUUAAAGAGGAGAGUCCUGUACUAGAAUCAGUCCAUAUUAAAGAGGAGAGUCAUGUACUAGAAUCAGUCCAUAUUAAAGAGGAGAGUCCUGUCCUAGAAUCAGUCUAUAUUACAGAGGAGAGUCCUGUCCUAGAAUCAGUCCAUAUUAAAGAGGAGCUUCCUGAACUAGACCCUGUCCAUGUUGAAGAGGAGGGUAACCCUUUUAAAACAAGCAGCUUGCAGGGCUCUCUGUCCUGUACAGAAUGUGGAAAGAGUUUCAGUCAGUUACAAAACCUGAAACGUCACCAGCGAAUCCACACUGGAGAGAAACGAUAUGUCUGUGCUGACUGUGGGAAGAGUUUCAGUCAGUUAGGAAACUUGAAAAGACACCAGAGAAUUCACACUGGAGAGAAACCAUAUGUCUGUUCUGACUGUGGGAAGAGUUUCAGUCAGUCUCACACUUUGAAAAUACACCAGCAAAUCCACACUGGCGUGAAACUACACAUCUGUGCUGUCUGUGGGAAGAGUUUCAGUCAGUUACAAAACCUGAAACUUCACCAGCAAAUCCACACUGGAGAGAAACGACAUGUCUGUGCUGACUGUGGGAGGAGUUUCAGUCAGUCUGGCACUUUGAAAAUACACCAGGGAAUCCACACUGGUGUGAAACUACACAUCUGUGCUGACUGUGGGAAGAGUUUCAGUCAGUUACAAAACCUGAAACUUCACCAGCGAAUCCACACUGGAGAGAAACCAUAUGUCUGUGGUAACUGUGGGAAGAGUUUCAGUCAGUCUGGCACUUUGAAAAUACACCAGCGUAUCCACACUGGUGAGAAACCGUAUCCAUGUAGUAGAUGUGGGAAAAGUUUCAGUCGGUUAGUACGCCUUAAAAGACACCAGUUAAUUCACACAGGAGAGAAGCCAUAUCACUGUAAGGACUGUGGGACGAGUUUCAGUGAUCCAGGCAACUUGAAAAGACACCAGCAAAUCCACACAGGAGAGAAACCGCAUGUCUGUGCUGACUGUGGGAAGAGAUUCAGUGAUCCAGGCAACUUGAAAAGACACCAGCAAAUCCACACAGGAGAGAAACCGCAUGUCUGUGCUGACUGUGGGAAGAGAUUCAGUGAUCCAGGCAACUUGAAAAAACACCAGAAAAUUCACACCGGAGAGAAACCUCAUCACUGUAAUGACUGUGGGAAGAGUUUCAGCCGGAUAAACCAAUUUAAAAUACACCAGCGAUUCCACACAGGAGAGAAACCUUACCACUGCAGUGACUGUGGGAAGUCUUUUAAUGCUUCCGGUUCUCUUAAAAGACACAAAUGCAAGCUGUGAAAGUUUAGGCAGAAUGUGAGAGUGUGUUCAUUCACCCGCACUCAGAAAUUCCAGUCUUUUUAAACAGCAGCUUAAUAUAAAAACUGUCUACAGUGCUCUGAAGCUGUUCCAUCAUAAAGUACAUUCCUAUGUUUUAUAUCAUUAAUAUCAUUGAAUGCCCCUUUGAAAUAGUUUUAAAACACAGCCUGUUGUCUUUCCAACUCAUAUCUGUUUAACUCUAAUCAGUAAGAAGGGUUUCUAGUAGUAUGAUUAGUAAACUGUUUGUUUACCCGCAUGCCAGAUAAUCAUAAAUCCUCAUUUUAUAUGUGAAGUGUUCUAAAUAAAUGUACAUUCUGCAUGACAAAAUGCACAAUUUUAAAUGAAGUUUACAAAUUUUACACAACAUAGAUAUUCCCGUUGUUUUUUAUUUCCAUUUGGAAAUAAAAAAGUCCUGCGUCUUGCCAUGGCACACAACCUUGUUCUGUGUAUAAUUGUUCAUAAGUAAAUUAAGUCAGAGAUGGAUCAGACACCCAUGAUCUGAUGCGUCACUGUCUUCAAUAGCCUUUACGAUAAAGUAGAAAAAGAGAUUUGCAGAAUGGCAUCGAUAGUAAUACAAGUGGUGACUUGCGCAUAAUAACAUGGAUAAUAUUAUUAUUAUUAUUAAUAUUAGAUAGUGAUUAUAUAAUUGAGAUUGCAGUAAGUUGUAUAUAUAAAUGUAUAAAAAUAAAAUAAUGUUGUUGAAAAUAUCAGUUCAACUAUACUACUAUUGUCCAGCUGUCUUUAUUUAUUUAUUUAUUUAAAUACGUGCUGUCUGAUUUUUAUCCACAUGCCCGAUAAUCAUAAAUUCUCAUUUUAUAUGUUCUAAAUAAAUGUGCAUUCUACAUGACAAAAUGCACACUUUUAAAUGAAGUUUGCAAAUUAUACACAACGUAGAUAUUCCCAUUGUUUUUUAUUUCCAUUUGGCUGCUGCUCGCUGGUGGGAGAGUCGCCUCCCUGUGCGCUAUUAGUUUCUUGAUCUUGUUAACAUGCAUUUCCCCUGAUCUAUUCGUUGAGACAGGAAAUGAUGUAGGUGACCUGUGACAAUAAAGCUUUAACGAGAAAAUGACCUCAUCGACUCAGUUUCAGAGCAAAGAAUUUUGAAUGCUUGAAUCGGAUCGCCGCGUAGUCUUCUUUGUUCAAGACUGAAUAGAUUCAAUUCUUUUAGCCUUUCUGCAUACGACAUGCCUUUUAAACCCGGGAUAAUUCUGGUCGCUCUUCUUUGCACUAUUUCUACAGCAGCAAUAUCCUUUUUGUAACGAGGUGACCAGAACUGAACACAAUAUUCUAGGUGAGGUCUUACUAAUGCAUUGUAAAGUUUUAACAUUACUUCCCUUGAUUUAAAUUCAACACUUCUCACAAUAUAUCCGAGCAUCUUGUUGGCCUUUUUUAUAGCUUCCCCACAUUGUCUAGAUGAAGACAUUUCUGAGUCAACAUAAACUCCUAGGUAUUUUUCAUAGAUUCCUUCAAUUUCAGUAUCUCCCAUAUGAUAUUUAUAAUGCACAUUUUUAUUGCCUGCGUGCAGUACUUUACACUUUUCUCUAUUGAAUGUCAUUUGCCAUGUGUCUGCCCAGUUCUGAAUGCUGUUUAGAUCAUUUUGAAUGACCUUUGCUGCUGCAACAGUGUUUGCCACUCCUCCUAUUUUUGUGUCGUCUGCAAAUUUAACAAGUUUGCUUACUAUACCAGAAUCUAAAUCAUUAAUGUAGAUUAGGAAUAGCAGAGGACCUAAUACUGUGGUACACCACUGGUUACCUCGCUCCAUUUUGAGGGUUCUCCUCUAAUCAGUACUUUCUAUUUUCUACAUGUUAACCACUCCCUAAUCCAUGUGCAUGCAUGUCCUUGAAUCCCUACUGCGUUCAGUUUGAGAAUUAAUCUUUUAUGCGUGACAAAAGAGUGCUAUCAGCUGGUGAUUGACUGAGGAGUUGGGGUCAGUGUUCUCAGCACUGCCAGACCCAGGGGUUGAAAUAGUCAGUGUUGAUGUGGGGCAGAGGAGUCCACAUCAAUGAACUGUUGCUGUUGCUUUAAGGUGCCUGUUUACCUGGGAAGAAACAAGACUGCCAGAGCCGUGCUGCAGAUAUCCUGCUGACAAUCCCUGAAGAAAUUUGUUCUGAAGACAAAACUGGAUUAUCCUUGUGAAAGAGAAGAUUCAACGAUGGAGCCUGUCCAUAUUAAAGAGGAGAGUCCUGCACUAGAAUCAGUCCAUAUUAAAGUGGAGAGUCCUGUUCCAGAAUCAGUCUAUAUUGAAAGGGUUAUUCUCAAUUCUAAACCCUUAAGCAGCUUGCAGGGCUCUCUUCCCUGUCCUGGAUGUGGGGAGAGUUUUAAUACUGAAGGAAGCUUUGACGGCACUAUAUCCUGUAUAGAAUGUGGAAUAAGUUUCUGUCAGUUACAAAACAUGAAACUUCACCAGCGAAUCCACACUGGAGAGAAACGACAUGUCUGUGCUGACUGUGGGAAGAGUUUCAGCCGGAUAGGCAACUUGAAAUUGCACCAGCAAAUCCACACUGGAGAGAAACAAUAUAUCUGUCCUGAGU